AUGUUUAGCGACCAGCCCACCAGCGCCGUCUGGGUGGGCGGCCUGACGGCUCAGUGCCGGGCCUCAGAUGUCUCCGCCGUCUUAUCCAGCUUCGGCGCCAUCCGGGCGCUGCGCAUGGGGCCGGCGCCCAGCGGCGGGCCCGCGGCGGAGGCCGGCGGCCAGCAGGCGGCGGAGGUCUAUUUCGAGUCAGUGGGGCAGGCAGCAGCAGCCUUGACGGGGCUCAACGCGGUGGUGGUGCCACGCCUGAGCGGCGGCCGCGCGCUCACCGUCCAGUGCUGGCAGCAGGAGGCCGGCGGCGGCGGCGGCGGCGGCCAGCCCUCCGCGGCAGCCACGCCGCUGCUGCACGCCGCGCCGGCGGUGCAGAAGGCAAAGGGGACGGGCGCGGCUUCGCCGCCGCCACCGCGGCCGCCGCCGCAGGCCAGCCGUGUGCAGCAGCAGCAGCAGGAGGUGCGCUGCGUCAACAUGGCCGAGGCGGCAGCUGCCGUGCAGCUGCCAGGGCUGGAGCAGCUGCCCGCGGCGCUCGACUUCUUCCGGUCCUGCUGCUUCCGCGCCGUGCCUGAGCAGGAGCAGGGGAGUGCGGUCAAGUGGGCGGUGCUGCAGGCGCUUCUGGCGAGGGGCCUGCGCCACCUGUCUGGCGCCGCCUUCCGCCAGCUGCCCGUGCUGCUGACCAAGGCGGGGGACGAGCUGCUCAAGUACCGUUCCUCCGACCCCACCGUGGAAGCCGAGUACCAGAGCUACCCCGCCGCCGGCCGGCUGCGCAGCAUAGUGCGAGACUUUGCCAGCCCGGGGCUGGUGGCAGUGUCUGCUGAGCCAGGCAGCAGUACCCUGGUGGUACAGCUGCACCUGGGCCGCCUCGCCACCGCAGGCAGCCGCACCGGCGGUGGCGGCGGCGGUGGCGGCAGCGGCAACGGGGGCGCGCCGGCCACGCCGCCGGCGCAGGCGCAGGCAGAGUAUGUGCGGUGCCGGGAGGCCGCCAGGCACCUGGUGGUGUCGGGGCUGGGUCACAAGGGCGACGCGGCGCCGCUGUGCGACAUAGCGCGCCAGCACGGCAGGCUGCAGGCUUACCUGUACAACGCUCGCAAGGCGGCCCUCACCCUUCACUUUGAGGAGGUGGCGGCGGCUGUGGGGCUGGCGCGCGAGGUGGACGGGCAGGUGGUCCCGGGACUCUCCACCUCCCAGCCGUUGCAAGUAGAGUACAAGCGCCGUGUGGAGGCCUCCGGUCCUUUGCCAGCGGCGGCACCAGCAGCACAGGCAGCGCCCGGCAAAGGGCAGCAGGCCAAGGCAGCCCAGGCGCCUGCACCCGUGGAGAAUGGCUACAGCGCCACAGAGCCCAGCGCCGCGCUGCGGGUGAAGAGGCUGGGGGCGCAGGCCACCAGGCCCCUGCUGGCGGCCUUUGGCGCCCGCUUCGGCGCCCGCUUCAAGGGCUGCGGCCUCUACACCUCCACCCGCCUCGGCUACCUCUUCUUCUCCGAGACGGCGGCAGCGCAGGAGGCGGCGGCAGCGCUGCGCGGCGGCAGCGGCCUCCCGCCCGGCCUCAAGGGCGAGGAGCCGCUGCUGGUGGAGUAUCGGCAGGAGGCCCUCGCCGGCAACGGCGGCGCCACAGCAGGCAGCCGCCCCUGCAGCGCCCAGGGACUAGCAGAGGCGGAGGAGGGGCCGUGCUGCGCGCGGUGCGGCGGCGGCCCCGGUGCCGCCGCCGCGCUGCGCUUCUGCUCUGGCUGCCGUGCGGUACGGUACUGCGGGCGGGACUGCCAGCUGGCGGACUGGGAUGCCGGCCACUGCGCAGAGUGUGGCCAGCUUCGGGCGCUGGCGGCGGCGCUGCAGGCGCCGGCUGCUUCCGACGGCCGCCACCAGCAGCAGCAGCAGCCUGGCGGCCUGGGCAUGGCCGGCCUGCAGCUGCUGGCGGCCGCGCUGCGUGCGCCGUCUGGGCGCGAGAGCCAGAUGGUGUCGGCGAUGCUGGCGGCGGCGGCGCCAGCCGAAGCCCAGGAGCCAUCGGAGGCUGCCAGUGCCGAGGAGGCAGCAGAGGGCAGCGGCAGCGGCAGCGCCGAUGCGUCGGCUGCGCCCGCCAGCCCCGACACCGGCACAGCCACCUCCGGCGGCACAGCGGGCGCCGAGGGCGGGGCCGCCGCCGCAGCUGGCGGCGCGGAGCGCGUAAGGGCAGGCGGCUGCAGCCCCGGCAGCCCCGCCGGCGAGCCCGCCGGCAGCGGCAGCCGUGGCGAGCCUGCCGCAGGCCAGCCUGCCGAGGAGCCGGCUGCCGCCGGUGGGAAGGGCAUGACGGCAGCUGCGGGCGCGGAGGAGGCGCCUGCUGCUGCCGAGGCUGGCGAGGAGGCCCCUGCUACUGUUGCUGCUGCUGCUGAGGAGGAGGAGGUGGAGGUGUUGACUGCGGCUGAAGCUGGAGCGGAGCCUGGUGCUGCUGGCGACGGGGCCCCUGCCACUGGCAGCCUUGUCUACAAUGAGCCGGCUGCCAGCCCGGCUGCCGCGGUGGCGGAACCCAGCAGGCAGGCGGACGGCGGCCCUCCAGCUGGCAGCAGGGAUGGCGGCGGGAGGCAGGAAGGUGUGGAUGUGGAGCGUGGCAGCGGUACAGGCGGCAGCGGUACGGCAGAGGGCCUCCCUGUGCCGCAGGCAGGCGAGGGGCAGUGA